AUUGAAAAGUGAAAGCGCCAAUUUUAGAUCUAACGCAGCAAUUAAGCAUGAUUACAGAAUUAAGUGCUGAUGAAGACUCGAACCCAAUUGAGAUUGAAAGUUUGUGCGUCAAAUGCUUAAAAAAUGUAAGUGGAUAAUACAGUUUGUUGCGUUUACGUACUGUACGCAAACAUGCACUGAAACUAGUCGUUGCAUCGAGAUGUUCUCUGAUGUAGAAAAUAUUAGAUGACUUUUAGUGAAGCCUUUUUGCAUAAAUACUUUAGAAUUUCAUGGCCAAGAGUAAACAACUGACAUCAAAGUCAAAUGACCUCGAUUCAGCCAAUCAGGUAGCUCAGCAUUACAAGUGGAUGCUAGUCAUAAUCCUCGUUGCUAGUGUCUCCUAGAUUAUGUUUCUGACUUCUCUGUACAAAAUGGGUUGAUAGGGAGGACUAAAACAUGCGUAGGUAAAAGGACAAUGACUCUGAAAAAGUGUUACUGGGCUACUGAUGGUUAUGCACUCAAAUGCAACCACUUAAGUGGUUUAUAUGAAGGAGUUGGUAAGUCGUACAAAAUAUUGAUUAUUUAGACAUUUUUUUUCUCGAAAUCGAAACUCUCCUUCAGUAACAUUUUGCGCAUAUGCGACCAGUAUCUGCUGCAGCUUCAGAAAUAGAGAAUAAAUUGGUUUGAUGUGUGUAUGACCACUUCUAUGGGAGACAGCUGGCCCCUAGGGGCCAGCUUUUGCAUCAUAUAAGAGAUGUGUACACUGCAUGAUUCACUCUUAUUGCAUAUAUAUCAUAGAAGAAUCCCACUGGCUGUUUCAACGUCAUCCGAAGUUGGUGUUUAUUCUUUACUGUUGCCAGUUCAUGUAUAUUCCAGUUUCGGCACAACAUUCCUGUUGUUGACAAAAAUAGCAUAUUUUAAAGAGGUUAUCAUCUCAUCUUUCGGUUGUACACAUUGUGGAAAUGAAAAUCGAUUAGUUACACCAGCUUCUCGUGUACAAGAUAAGGGUCAACGUUUAACGCUAACAGUUAAAAAUGCAAAAGAUCUCAAUCGACGUCUUGUUAUACCGCCUGGUUCAACAUUAGAGAUUCCAGAAUUGGAUUCUUCAUUCCCGUUUUCUGAUGGAGGUUUAUCAACUGUUGAAGGAACACUUACAACAGUGGUAGACAAUUUAAACAGUUUACAACCGGAAAGAAAGCAAAUUGAUCCAGAGUUGGCAGAGAAAAUUGAAAGUUUUAUGGGUCAGUUGAGUAAUUUAUUAAAUUUAGAGAAGCCGUUUACAAUUAUUAUCGAUGAUCCGUCUGGAAAUGGAUUCAUUGAAAAUUAUCUCGCUCCAAAUGAUGAUCCACAAAUUGAAAUUUCAACUUAUGAACGUACACCAGAACAAAGUGAAUUACUCGGUCUUCAACCACAACCACCUUUGGAAUUGUUCAAUAAGGCGAAGAGUAUCCCUGAAACAAUUCCUGAAGAGCCAGUUGAUGAGUCUACCAAACCUGUCGGAAAAGAUGAAGUUAUGUCUUUCACAAUGAAUUGUCCAUCGUGUAAAGCUGUAGCAGAAAAUAAAAUGAAAGUUGUCGAUAUACCACAUUUCAAAGAGGUUAUCCUAAUGGCACUGAAUUGUCCAUCUUGUGGCUUUAAAGACUGUGAAGUUCGUUCAGGCACUGGUGUAUCACCGAAAGGAAAGCAUUAUAAACUACGCAUAGCAAAUGUCUAUGAUUUAUCAAGGGAUAUUUUAGUCUCUGAAUCUGCAGCUAUUAAAAUACCUGAACUGGAAUUUGAAUCAAUGGGUGGUACUCUUGGCGGAAGAUUUACAACAAUUGAAGGCUUAUUAGUAGCAAUCACUGAUCAAUUGAUCAGUGCCAAUCCGUUUAUUGUCGGUGAUAGUACAUCAACUGAGGAGGCGAAAGGUAAAUUAGGAUCAAUGAUUGCACGUUUAAAAGAGAUAACAUCUGGUGAAAAACUUGAUGUACUCUUCGAACUGAAUGAUCCUGCUGGUAAUAGUUAUAUUCAAAAUAUAUACGCACCAGAUCCGGAUCCAGAAUUGGAAUUGAUUGAAUAUGAACGAAGCGAAGAGGACAAUGAUGUUUUAGGCUUAACAGAUAUGAAAACUGAAAACUAUGAGACCACAGAAGACAAGAGUUGAAAAUGUGUUGUUUUUUCCUUCUGGCCUUCUUUAUGCUGUUUUAUCUUCUGUAUUCAUUUCUACAAUGAUUGAUGAUGAUCAGUAAAUUCAAAAAUAAAAAUUUUUUUCAUUUUCUGGAUGUUUUUAAUUUUUGAACAAAAC